CUUCGCCACGACAAGGCAGUGAUCCAUGAAGGGGAGUUACGGAAUAACAGUUACAUAAAGCAUAAAACUCUGUUACAUGCAGUUUUUACCAGGAGUUUGGAACCAUAGUGUUAAAUUCUGUAGAAACGUUAAAAUACAACUACCUCACAGAGUUAUUUGAUGGUGAAAUAACCUGUCUUCUUCAUUUUGUUAUUUUGGUUGAACUACUAAAUAAAUUUUCUCAACAUCCUAUCUAGAUACCUGAAUUGAUAAUUUAUGGUUCUCUAAAACAGUUUUUUCAACUGGGGUUCUGCCAAACUCUAGGAUUCCGUAACAAGGUGCUGCAGGGUCCAUGAAAGAUUGUGAUUGAAAAAAAAAAUUAAAUAUCGUUUUCUAAACUAGUGCUCACAAUGGUGGGAAUCUUUUACAUGCCACACCUCAGCUGCCAGGGUUUCCUGAGACCUGAAAAUUAUUUCAGGUGUUCCUCCUGGGUAAAACGUUUGAGAAAGACUGGUCUAAAAUAGUGCUUUUCACUAAGCAACUGACACUGUAGACAACCAUUCCAUGUAUUUUUAAUUUGAUAAAAUUUCUUUUAAACUUUCAGGGAAAUACCGAAACUUAUGAAAGAAGUUUCUUCAAAAAGAAAGGCAACAGAAGGGAAAAUAUCAUUAAAUAAUCUGGCCCAGCUUAUGAAAAAGAUGCCCUACUUCCGCAAGCAGAUUACUAAGCAAGUUGUGCACCUUAACAUAGCUGAAGACUGCAUGAAUAAAUUUAAGAGUAAUAUAGAAAAGCUGUGCAAAGUAGAACAGGAUUUGGCUCUUGGAACAGAUGCUGAGGGACAGAAAGUGAGAGACUCAAUGCGGGUCCUCCUUCCAGUACUGCUUAAUAAAAGCCAUGAUAGCUACGAUAAAAUAAGAGCCAUUCUUCUCUAUAUCUUCAGCACAAAUGGAACUACCCAAGAAAAUUUGGACAAGUUGAUCCAGAAUGUACAGAUAGAAAAUGAUAGCAACAUGAUAAAUAAUUGGAAGUACCUUGGUGUACCUGUCCUCGCUACAUCUGCAUCACAACGAAGAUCACCAAGAAGGGAUCGCUCUUCAGAAGAAACAUUUCAGCUUUCUAGAUGGACACCCAUUGUUAAAGAUGUCAUGGAGGAUGCUAUAGAAAAUAAAUUGGAUUCAAAAGAGUGGCCUUAUUGUUCCCAGUGCCCAGCACCUUGGAAUGGUUCAGGAGCAGUGAGUGCUCGUCAUAAACCCAAAACUAGUUACUUGGAUGAUCGUAAGAGUGUUGCAAAGCUGAUUGUGUUUGUCAUUGGAGGCAUUACAUAUUCAGAGACACGAUGCGCUUAUGAAGUUUCUCAGGCAUACAAGUCUUGUGAAGUUAUUAUUGGAUCUACUCACAUUGUGACACCUAGAAGACUUCUGGAUGAUGUAAAAGCACUUACUGUAACAAAAUCAAAGGAUAGUGUGUAUUUUAAGGAUGAGUAGAGAUCAUAUUUAAACAUUCACUUCUGCUUAACAGAUAAAAAAAAUCAUGAUAUAAAUAUUAUAGAUAUAAUCUAGCUGAAUUUAAGCAUCUUAAGGUCCCUUGAUUUCACUGGGAGAAAUGUUAAACCACCUUUGCAACUUGUUUUUGAAAUCAGUGGGAUUUAAAACUGCUCAGUUUGAACUGGAUUAUAUUCUGUGUACAUAUUUUACAAAUAAGUGUUAUAUUAGAAUUGUUUUUUAUAAUUUGAAUUUGCUGCUUUUCAUUGUGGUAGGGAAUGGGAAGGUGGUAAAAAUGAAGUGUAUGCAACAGCUUGUGUUUUUAUAUUGUAUUUGGGUUAUACAGUAGCUGGCCUUUUGCUGUGAAAUGUUCACUGUAGAGAAUGUUCAUCACUAUAACAUAUUAUAUUAAGACUUGGAAAACAUGUUUGUACAUAUGCUAAUAAUUUCAAUAACAAUGCAUACACUUUUUAUCAUGGAAUCAUGUCUGUUUCUAAAUAUAUGGUUACAAAUUGCUAUGAAAUUAAAUUGUGGAAGAAAUUAAAAAUAUAAAUGUGUAACACAGUUUCACAAUUAACAGAUGUUGAGCUACAAAAUUCUAUGCAACGUCUAUUUCACUGAAAACAAUUUGCAGUAAAGUACAAAAUAUAAGGUUAACUUCUUUUCUGAGAAAUUUGAUAUAAAAUAUAUGUGUCUGGGGGUGCAUGGAUCUUUCUAUGGUAUUUGGAUAAAAUUCAGGUAUGUAAUAAACAUUUUACCAUAAUUAAAAACAUUG